GUUGAAGGAAAUGAAUUUUGAAACUUCACGGUGUGCCACCCUACAGUACUGUCCCGACCCUUACAUCCAGCGGUUCGUAGAAACCCCAGCCCAUUUCUCUUGGAAAGAAAGUUAUUACCGAUCCACUAUGUCCCAGAGCACACAGACAAGCGAAUUCCUCAGUCCAGAGGUUUUCCAGCACAUCUGGGAUUUUCUGGAACAGCCCAUCUGUUCAGUUCAGCCCAUUGACUUGAACUUUGUGGAUGAACCAUCAGAAAAUGGUGCAACAAACAAGAUCGAGAUUAGCAUGGACUGUAUUCGCAUGCAAGACUCAGACCUCAGUGACCCCAUGUGGCCACAGUACACGAACCUGGGGCUCCUGAACAGCAUGGACCAGCAGAUCCAGAACGGCUCCUCGUCCACCAGUCCCUACAACACAGACCACGCGCAGAACAGCGUCACGGCGCCCUCGCCCUACGCACAGCCCAGCUCCACCUUCGACGCCCUCUCGCCUUCGCCCGCCAUCCCCUCCAACACCGACUACCCGGGCCCACACAGCUUUGACGUGUCCUUCCAGCAGUCCAGCACCGCCAAGUCCGCCACCUGGACGUAUUCCACUGAACUGAAGAAACUGUACUGCCAGAUUGCAAAAACGUGUCCCAUCCAGAUCAAGGUGAUGACCCCACCUCCUCAGGGCGCUGUCAUCCGUGCCAUGCCUGUCUACAAGAAGGCCGAGCAUGUCACUGAAGUGGUGAAAAGGUGCCCCAACCAUGAGCUGAGCCGUGAAUUCAACGAGGGACAGAUCGCCCCUCCUAGUCAUUUGAUUCGAGUAGAAGGGAACAGCCAUGCCCAGUACGUAGAAGACCCCAUCACAGGAAGACAGAGUGUGCUCGUACCUUAUGAGCCACCUCAGGUUGGCACUGAAUUCACGACAGUCUUGUACAAUUUCAUGUGUAACAGCAGUUGUGUUGGAGGGAUGAACCGCCGUCCAAUUUUAAUCAUCGUUACUCUGGAAACCAGAGAUGGGCAAGUCCUGGGCCGCCGCUGUUUUGAGGCCCGGAUCUGUGCUUGCCCAGGGAGAGAUAGGAAGGCAGACGAAGACAGCAUCAGAAAGCAGCAAGUCUCGGACAGCACAAAGAACGGUGAUGGUACGAAGCGCCCUUUUCGUCAAAAUACACAUGGCAUCCAGAUGACAUCCAUCAAGAAACGAAGAUCCCCAGAUGAUGAACUGCUAUACUUACCAGUGAGGGGUCGUGAGACUUACGAAAUGCUGCUGAAGAUCAAAGAAUCCCUGGAACUCAUGCAGUACCUUCCUCAGCACACGAUUGAAACAUACAGGCAGCAGCAACAACAGCAGCACCAGCAUUUACUUCAGAAACAUCUCCUUUCAGCCUGCUUCAGGAAUGAGCUUGUGGAGCCCCGGAGAGAAAGCCCGAGGCAAUCUGACGUCUUCUUUAGACAUUCCAGCCCCCCAAACCGAUCAGUGUACCCAUAGAGCCCCAUCUCUGUAUUUUGAGCGUUAUGUGUUUGUUGUGUUUCCGUGUGUGUGUGUGUGUGUGUGUGUGUGUGUGUGUGUGUAUCAAGCCCUCGUAGCCAGGACUUGAAGACACUUUGGCUCAGAGACCCAACUGCUCAAAGGCACACAGCCACUAGUAAGAAAAUCUUUGAAGGGACUCAAAACUGUACAAGAAAGGACAUUUUCUGCAGAUUCUGUAUCCUUAGAUCUAGCAUUGGUCCAUCAGGAACCCCUGUGUCUGUCUGUGAGCUUUUGUGUUGUUUCUUGGGAGGGAGGAGCUCAGGUUGGGAAGAGGGGCAUUACGAUGUUUAUUGGAACCCUUUUCUGUUACCUUCUGUUGUGUUUCUAAAACUCAUGAAGAAGCUUUUGAGCAGGUCUCAAACUUAAGAUGUCUUUUUAAGCAAAGGAGAAAAAAAAGUUGUUAUUGUCUGGGCAGAAGUAAACUGUAGGUGACUGAGAGACUCAGGCCCUUUUAAUGCUGGUCAUGCAAUGAUACUGCAAAUAGUAACAAGCUAAGGUGUCAAAUGUACUGCUGGGCAGAGAGGUAAUAACUACCCUGAGUAGCCACUGCGGGGAAUGAUUUUUUCUUCUUUUUGAGAACUUGCAUUAUCAGUAUCCUCCCCUCAUAUGUAGUAGAAAGUUCAUUAAUUCUGUGUCAGGACCUGCCACUGCCACCCCAUGUCAGCAUCUGAUGUGAUAGUCUUCCUUGCUUUUGGAAACCCUCCAAAAUUUGUGUUUGGACCCCAAGGCAGGUAAACCUCUUUUGUCAUUUUAAGAGGAGGGUAAAACUACCCCAGUAAUAUUCUUUCAGGCAGUCAUAUAUCAUUCUUCCAUGUCCACAAUGGAAUUCAAAGUCCUCUCACCAAAUCUAUAAUUAACUCCUUUGAUUGGAGCUCCGUAAAAUCAGCCAUAUCACUGACACUGUUCACGUUGCCUUGUCCAGGACACUUAUGCUUUAUUUAAGUGAUGUCCAAGCAGACACAUUUUUAAAUCAACACUCCUGGCCUAAAAAUUAAAGACAGGAAGAAUAGAUAAUUUUUCUUUUUUGGUUCAAAGACUUUAGAGAAUCUAUUUCCAUUUUAAAUCAUAUUUUAAAAUAAUAGUAUAAAGACUAAAAAAAUCUGCUCCCCACACCAGGUCACCAGCUCUUUAUUCUUUGUCACCACAGCAAUGAUUUCUUGUU